ACCGAAGGCGUCUGUUGUUCAUUCAAAGAGGCUGUAGGGAAGGUAGGGGUGGCAGGAGGUGUGAAAGCACACCUCGCUGGGGGUAGGAUAAACUCACUGCUCAGCUGGAAAAUGCUGAGAACACAGAGGCUGCAUCAAAUGUCAGGGAGGCGGGGCUGGCUGAAGACCAGGGCUCCCCUGGGCUCCUUCCCCCUGACAAACCCUAGGGCUGGGCUUCUGCCGAGGGUGUGUGUGCGGGGGAGCAGAGAUCGUUGAAUUCCUCCAGUGCGCAGCCGCAGCAUGUACACCCCAAGCGCAGCUCUGCCCGGCUGCUGAAGGUGUCCCUCUGACAGCUCCGAGACAACCCGGUCGGUCUGGUUGCAUGCACCACCAUGCUGCAGGGGGCCUUGUGUGGGUCGAGCGGGAACCAGGCAGUCCUGAGUCCCUGCUCCAGCUCUGCCAGAAAAUGGGGGACUGCACCCCGGCUCCUGGAAUUGGAUUCAAAACUUGAGGAACAAGAAAGGAAGGACUUGGACUGAGACACCUCCUUGGACUCCCACCAGGACCCCGGAAGCUGGGCGCGUCUUUCUCUGCACGCCUCCACUCUCCCCUCUCCCCACGCCCUCUGCUCCCCAAGCACCUACUUCGUCCCACGUCGCUCACUCUCUUCCCAGAUCCUUCUAAUUCUCCUUCUCCUCUCCUUCCUCCUUUCUCCCUCCUCGGCUCCUCCUCUCUUGCCCCCUCCUCAAAUCUUCCUCCUAAUUCUGACCCUUCCUUCGAUUUCCUCCCCUCCUCUCUUCCCCUCAACUUCUCGCCAUCCCUGCCUUUCCCUCGUUUGCGUUUGUCCCUCUUCCUUAUCUUUCCAGUCUCUCCUGUCUUUCUGCUCCGCUGUCCGCGCUCCUUUGGCCCCACCAGCUGCCCUCUCCUCCUGUUCCCCCUCCCUGUCUUUCCUCCUCCUCCUCCCCGUGCCUCUCCCCUGAGUGUUUGCCUUUCUCCCGGACCCGGAUGAAGAGGUUGGCCUGCCCGUGCCCUGCCCUGCCCCACUUCUGGCAGCUGGGGUCUCGCUUCAUGGCUGAGGGCACCACCGGAACGCAGGCCCCAGGGCAAGGGCCUCACGCCAGCAUCCAGCACCUGCGAGCCCAGUAUGAAGGCCUGAGGAGGCAGCAGAGGACCCAGGCCCACCUCAUGGUGCUCCCAAAAGGAGGGAACAUAGCUACUCCGGCUGAAUCCAUGAUCAGUACUGUUUGGAUUAACAAGGAGAGAAGGAGCUCACUGUCCCAGGAGGAGGCAGCUUCUGGGGAGGCGAGAAUGCUGGAAGAAGCCGACAGAAGCUGUCUGCAGGCUGCUGAGUCCCCAUGGCACACACACCUGGAGAUGCACCGCUCGGUCCAAACUUUUCACCAGGAAAAUAUUCAUCCAGUGAAGCCACAGGGCCAGUUUGUGAGGUCUGACACAAGGCUCCCUCCAGAAGAAGAUCAACACGCCUUUGACAACAAUCAGAAGACUCAGCGAGGAAUCAAAAUCCCAGAGGCAGCCCAGCCUCAGUGUCAGGCGGGCAGCACCAAAACAAAAGCAGAAGAAGCCGGCCUAAAGACCAGCAUUCCGUGUCCAUCUUCCAUAAAGCACCCACACAGGGCCGCCAAACCCGCUCACUAUCCAUUUCCACAAAGGAAAACUCCCAAGAUCUCUCAAGCUGCCCGGAACCUGGGCUUAUACGGUCCAGUAUGAAGCUUUCUUUACAGCGGAAGCCUCAGGCUUGCGCUACCUAUGAAGUCACCGAACUAAAAAGACACCUACAAUUAGAACCUUGGGCUGUGAGUGAGAACUGGACUCACCCCUGUAAGAUUUAUGGGAAGGGAAUUUCACGGUGGAAACAUAAUCUUGUCUUUCAAAGAUCAAGAGGUGUUCCAGGUCAGACUGUCCACCAUUUAGGAUGCAGCAGUGCUAUCUAACCAGUGCAGCACCAUCCUGCUUGCAUAAGAAGAUGUUGCCAUGGAGCCCAGGACGUCUAUUCCCUGGGGAGGCGGAGUCCUUCAGGACAUCUGCUUCCUUCCUGAAGGUGGAGAAAUUUGAACCACAAGGCAGGAACUUUAGCCAGUGGAAUGCCUGAGCAAUGCCCAGAGGUCAAUGGACACUGGCAAACUCAUAUUCAAUAGUUUCUGAUUCCCCAGAUAUUCUGGAGAAGAUGAGCUCUGAGAUUUCAGAAAACCUUUUCUGGCUGCUAUGUUUGUGGGUUGGGGGGUGGGCAUCUCACUUAGAAGUUACCUGCAUUCACUAGGAGUAGAAAUUACCACAUUCGGCAGAAGUCACUGCAGUCAUUCACUUCCUCUUGAGCCUGUCUUGGGUAAAGGCAGUCAAGCCAGUGACACCUACUGUUUGGAGUGUUGAAGGAGUCCUUAGAAAAGGAUGGCGUCUGACAACUGUGACUGCACAUUCCAGCCGCACCACAGGUUUACUUUCUUCCUCCCACUCUUUCUUCUCUCUACAAACGAAUGUCAUAUUGAAAACUGCCAAUUAUUGAAGAUAUAUAGGAAUGGGAGGCUGUGUGAAAAAAUACACACACACACAUGCACACACACACACACACAUGCACACACACAUGCGCACGCACACACACACACACACACACAUGCACACAGGAUACUCCUCUUUGGAAAGCAUGUGCACACUGCCCCCUUUUCAGCCUAACUUGGAUCACUUAUGUCCUCCGUAGGAUAAACGUGUGUUUUGAAACCUAAGAACAGAAUGAAGCAGGUGUUACCUGGGUGACCAGGAAAAAGCAGGCCUUUCCUGAUUAAUGUUUAACUUUAUUAAUGACCUUGAAAUACACGAAGGUGCCUUUUCCUCAUGGCGGAUUCUCUCUCUAUGCACCUGCUCAUCCAGAAAUUCACACCAGUUUGGGGAUUCAGUGAAAUUCCUUUCAUGAAAAUGAAUAAGGUAUACUGGUUGUUUUUUAUAGUCCAAUGAAAAUCAAGGAAAUGCUCUGCAAAACUUUGUCCUUUGCUUUUGUUUUAAAGAGGAUUCCCACAAGUAA